UAACAGAUCUCUCGUCUUUGGCACAAGUCCUUGUCCAUCCUCACGACCCUUCCCAAUUUCGAGAACAUGGACUCGUCACUGAGUACAUCAGCGGCAGCAACCGGCGGUGGGAACGGCGUAACUAUUCCACAAUCCAACGACCCAUCCCCCAUGGAAUCUUCAGCCACCAACGCCGCAACUCCGACGGACGAUUCAAAACAAAACUUAACCCUAGUUAUCAAUUCAAUCCAGAAAACAUUAGGCAUCCUCCAUCAGCUCUACCUUACCGUCUCCUCUUACAACGUGGCAUCCCAAUUACCCCUUCUCCAGCGCAUGAAUAAUUUAGUGUUGGAGCUGGAUAAUAUGACGAAAUUAGCGGAGAACUGUAAUAUUCAGGUGCCAAUGGAGGUUCUUAAUUUGAUAGAUGAUGGGAAGAAUCCAGAUGAAUUUACCCGGGACGUGUUGAAUAGUUGCAUUGCCAAAAACCAGAUUACUAAAGGCAAAACUGACACCUUCAAGGGCUUAAGACGCCAUCUGCUCGAGGAACUGGAACAGACAUUUCCUGAUGAAGUUGAAGCAUAUAGGGAUAUACGUGCAGCUUCUGCAGCUGAGACAAAACGGUUUGCACAAGGUCAAAGCACGUUACCAAAUGGUGAUGCAAAGGUGAAAACUGAGAUUUGAGAACCGUGGAGUUCUGGAACUGGGUUAAUUCAGUCGAUAUGUGUUUAGUGUUUGUAACAUGAGGCUUGAAUAAUAGUUUGCUUUUAUUGGGUUUUUGACUCUAUAAUUGAGAAUGUUGCCUUUCAUAAACUCUGAAACUUGGAAAUAUCGAUGUUAACGUUAAGUCAAAAGUUGAUGUUUAUAUAUCAUUCAGACAUUGGCACUGAUUGUUGUACAUAAAUGACAUGGGGGUAUGAAUAUG